CCGUGUGGCGGGGGGGCCGGGCCGGGCUCACGCAGCGGCGGGGCGGGCGGAGCGGCGGGGCUCGCAGGGAGCGGCCGGGGCGGCGGCGCCUCCUCCUCUCCGGCCAUGGCUGUAAAAGAUCCUACAGCUGUAGAAAGAGCAAAUUUACUGAACAUGGCUAAAUUAAGUAUCAAAGGACUCAUUGAAUCAGCUUUGAGCUUUGGCCGCACUCUGGAUUCUGACUACCCUCCUUUGCAGCAGUUCUUUGUUGUCAUGGAACACUGCCUGAAGCAUGGCCUUAAAGUAAGAAAAUCAUUUCUAAGCUACAAUAAAACCAUCUGGGGUCCUCUGGAACUUGUGGAGAAAUUAUAUCCAGAAGCUGAGGAAAUAGCAGCAAGUGUCAGAGAUUUGCCUGGCCUCAAAACACCACUGGGCCGUGCCCGGGCCUGGUUACGGUUGGCACUAAUGCAGAAGAAAAUGGCUGACUAUCUUCGCUGUUUAAUCAUUCAGAGAGAUCUUCUCAGUGAGUUUUAUGAGUAUCAUGCGCUAAUGAUGGAGGAAGAAGGAGCAGUUAUUGUUGGAUUGUUAGUUGGGUUGAAUGUAAUAGACGCUAACCUGUGUGUAAAGGGUGAAGACCUAGAUUCACAAGUUGGGGUGAUCGAUUUCUCCAUGUAUUUAAAGAGUGAUGAUGACAUUGGGGGAAAGGAGAGAAAUGUUCAGAUUGCUGCAAUUUUGGACCAAAAGAAUUAUGUUGAAGAACUAAACAGACAACUGAAUAGCACAGUUAGCAGUCUACAUGCAAGAGUUGAUUCAUUAGAGAAAUCAAAUACUAAACUGAUUGAAGAGUUAGCAAUAGCCAAAAACAAUAUAAUUAAACUUCAGGAAGAAAACCAUCAAUUAAGGAGUGAAAAUACUCUGAUUUUAAUGAAAACACAGCAUCAUCUAGAGGUAACUAAAGUGGAUGUUGAAGCAGAACUUCAGACAUACAAACACUCCAGGCAGGGUUUAGAUGAAAUGUACAAUGAAGCACGUAGACAGCUUCGAGAAGAAUCACAGCUUCGACAAGAUAUGGAGAAUGAGCUAGUAGUUCAAGUUAGCAUGAAACAUGAGAUAGAACUUGCCAUGAAGUUACUGGAGAAGGACAUCCAUGAGAAGCAGGAUACACUCAUAGGCCUUCGACAGCAGCUUGAUGAAGUUAAAGCGAUUAACAUGGAAAUGUACCAAAAGCUGCAGGUCUCUGAAGAUGCUAUGAAAGAAAAGAAUGAAAUAAUUGGUCGCUUAGAGGAUAAGACCAAUCAAAUUAAUGCAACUAUGAAACAACUAGAACAAAGAUUGCAGCAAGCAGAGAAGGCUCAAGUGGAGGCUGAGAAUGAGGAUGAGAAACUUAAACAGGAAUAUGUGAAUAAAUCUGAAAGUCUGCAGAAAGAAUUCUCCCAGAAGGAGAAACAGCUGCUUCAACUGGAAACUGAUUUGAAGAUAGAAAAGGAGUGGCGGCAAACCCUAGAGGAUGAUCUUCAAAAGGAAAAAGAAACUAUAUCUCAUCUACGAAUAGAAACUCAAGAAAUAGUUAACCUUAAAAAAGAGUUCCUUAAACUUCAAGAAAAAAACAGGCAACUGAAAAGGAUAUGUCAAGACCAAGAAGCUGCUCUCCAAGAACUGGCAUCCAAGCUAAGCGAAUCAAAGCUGAAAAUAGAAGAUAUAAAGGAAGCCAACAAAGCAUUGCAGGGCCAGGUUUGGUUGAAGGACAAAGAGGCUACACAUUGCAAGUUAUGUGAAAAGGAAUUUUCCCUUUCCAAAAGGAAGCAUCACUGUAGAAACUGUGGUGAGAUCUUCUGCAAUGCCUGUUCGGACAAUGAACUGCCUCUGCCUUCUUCGCCAAAGCCUGUUCGUGUCUGUGAUUCCUGCCACGCAAUACUUAUACAAAGGUGCUCUUCUAAUGUGCCCUAAGAUCCUUUUACAAGUAAUUUAUCACCUUUUGGUAUUUAGCUAAUUCUGUAAAACUGUACCAGCUACAGAAUGUACAGCACUGUUUCUGGAAUUUCAGGUAAGCAGUCUGAAGUUGCAUUUUCCAAGCACCAUAGAGGAAUUUGUUGGCUGCUUCCUGUUCAUACAAAUAGAGAAAAUGGGACCCAAACAUGGAAAACACCUGUUAAAACCGAACAUGUUAAAAAUACAGAUCACAAUGUUACUCUAAGAGAUUACUUGUAAGCUUUUCUGGAGGAAGGAGGGCAGUUUAUACAGGAGACUCAGUGUUAAUAUGUAUUUGAUAAGUAUCUUAGUCGUUUUGAUCUUGAAAAAAGUGAUAUAUUUACCUGCUUUUACAGGCUAGUCUGCAACAAGUCCAACUUAAUUCUGCUGCACAAUUUGCCUGCAGUAUGCUGUUGUGAAGUAAAACUCUGCAAUAGAUAGUUUUAAAUUGUAUUUUAAAAUAAGUAAUGAAAUUAAUGCAGGUGGUCCAGUAAGUUAUUGCCAAAUAUCAUAUUUGUUUGCUUCCCCUCAAUUCUCAAGAUUUGAUGCAUCAAAGAAUAUUGCGCUGACAGCUCUGUUCUUUGGAGUCACAGGUGCAGAAAAUUUUAUCACACAGGUGAGAAACAGCGCCUUUAGGCACUGGAAGAAAGGAGAUGCAUUUUGCCAAAUUAUUUUGUAAAAUGAACUAUUAAUUUGGCGUAUCUGUGUUUUCAUGGAGAAACGUGCAUCACAGUUGUUUUGCUCCGUGUUGUCUGUAGCUUCAAACAAGUAUCUGCAUUGUUUUCACGUAAGUCAUACUUAGCUCUAGAAGCAGCAUGAAUCUGCUGCCAAGAGACACUAGGAUUAAACACUGCAGCCCGUGUCCUUUGUGCGGUGCCUGUGUUGACAGGAAGGUUAUUUCUGAUUUUGUCACCAUCUUUCUCAAAUUUCCAGUUUGUUUCUAAACCGGUCUUUCUUUUCUUCAAGACAGCUUUUGAGUGUUACUAGUCUGACACAUCUCUCACUCCUCUCAUUGUUAUCCCAUGGUAAUUUCUACUGGAAUGUAAGUCUUUAUUCUUCUAGUAGCCAAAUAAGAAUACAUCCUUUUGGGUUGUAUUUAGUAUCAGCCUCACUUUGAUGUCACUGCACUAGAAUCAAACCCUCUUACCUUCAGCCCUUCAUGUGACUGGAUCCAGCUGUGGAAUCUCUGGUCAGUACCGAGGAGCAGUCGGCAGAAUUAUCAACUCCCUGGUUCUUUCAUCCAUGGGCCGGUUAUAUUCCUACUAACAGGAGCAUGGAGGCUUAGAAACAGGUCUUUUAGUCGUUCUUGUACUUUGUUUAGCUUAGCUGUGUCUUUUAAGGGUAGGCAUUUAGCUAAUAUUCCAAGAGCUAUCCUGUUAAUUUUGACACAUCAAUGUAGUUGCUUAUGUAGCUUUUGUAAAGAAGUGUUUUUAAAAUUACCCAGCAUAACGUUUUGUAAAAUGCAAAACAAAUAUUUGUAAAUCUGUAAAUAGCUUUUGGAAAAAAUAAAUUUAAUUGGUCUGCAACUUAAUGAUGGGAGCAAUGUCAUAUUAAAACUUGCAAUUC